GGCCGUGUCUCUCGUCGGCGAGUGCAGUUGAUUGCUUUUCUACAGAGGUCAACGAGCAACUGCCAGAAGAUGGGUCACGGCCAUGAACAAGGACAUGGCCUUUCGAUGCCAGAUUACAAACAGUGGCGAGUGGAGGGGACCCCCCUGCAGUUCACACAGGAGAGACUGGCAAGGAGGGGGCUGAAAGACCCCUGGGCUCGAAACGAGGCUUGGAGGUACAUGGGAGGCUUCACUAAGCCAACCACCUUUAAAGAUGUUUUCUUCAGGGGCUUCAAGUGGGGUUUUGCAGCUUUCGUUGCAGCUUUGAGCGUUGAGUAUGCCCUGUUCCGUCCAAAGAAGAGUGGAGAUCACUAGAAAGUGCAAAAUUCCCAAGACUUUAAACAUGCGAUUUAACAUCCAUACAGGAGAACAUGAAGCCAUUCCCAAUUCAUUUGAAGAUAUUGCGAUAUCCACAAUUUACCUACAGUACCUUCGUAUACUGAGCAUCAAAAUAAACUUUUCACUUAUAUUUGAGCAUCAAAAGAAACUUAUCACUUAUAUUUGGAUAAA